AACAUUUGUUUUAUAUGUGCGUAAAGUUUGGAUACAUGCGCUCAGAUGGAUUAAAUUUGGCUCGCGCUUCCUAACUAUUCUCAACGCCAGCAGCGUCAGUUUUUACGCAAGGAGAGGGGGAACACCCCCGGGUCUGCAGUGCGCCGGAGCCGUCCAAGAGAAGCGCAGUCUUUGUUCUGCUUCCAGGCUGUGGUUUAUCGUGACAGUUUCUCAUCUUCCUGCCGCAGUUUUCGCCCUCUCCAUGGCCACCACCGCCAGCGGCGCACCCCUCCCGGAGAACAGCUCACUUGUUGGGACCCCGCAGUUUCAGGAGAUCCUAAAGGACAGCAGCAGCCUCACGCACAAAAUCCUGCAGUCGAUUCUGGGCGCGCACCGAUCGUGCGUCAACGUUGAGACUUUUAAGCUCAAUUCCUCUGAAAACCACAAGCUUGCCUCACUGGCAUCCUCCAUCGGGAUCCCUUCAGCUCCUGCCCUGAGCGCCCUUUCAGCAAACUUCACUCUGAAUACAAUGCUAAGGCACAUGCUUGAGGGCCUGCAACUGCACAAAGACCUGCUGAGUCACGUCUUACCUCGGCUGGAAGUCAAAGAACAUGUGAUAGAUCUGACGCAUGAUCUCAACGAUCUGUCGGUUCAGAUUUUAAAGAUGCUUAAAUUGUCCCAAAAGGAGGGUGUGUCAAAGCCCACUCCGACCGGACUCACCUUGGACCUGCGAGGCAGCUAUGAAGUCCAGGUGGCGAUACACCUGAUCCUGGUGCAGCUGCAGGCCUUUGAGCAGGACAUGGACCGCUGCCUCCGGAGUCUGGAGCAGAAUCCUCCUCUGGAGGAGGCCGAAUACUGAAGUGAAAAUCUUUCACCUGUUAGGGAUAUUUAUUAAUAAUUUAUUUUUGUAUUUAUGACUGUAUUUAUGUAAAGUAUUUAUUUGUUUAAUUUAUUUUUGAUAACUCCAAGAACUGAGAAAAAUAAAGGAAAAACAGAACCAGAGAUCGUUCUCCAGCUU